CGGCUCUGCGUCAACCUCACCAACAAACAACAACCUCUCUCUGUCUCUUGACUUCAUCCUCCUCACCUUCAUCUAUCGCAUCCAUAUCUUCCACCAUCUUCCGCGCUUCCUAGAUAUCAGUUACUAUUCUAUUCUUCAUAUAUUUCCACCACUUAUGCGUGUGCUUCUUAAAUUAUGAAUAUGCUUCAGGCAUCUGUUUCCCUCUCCUUCACUCAGUCAUUCCUUUCAGCUACCCAACCACGCAGAUACACAGCACCUUCAUCGCCUCCAAAGAAACGCCCUCGAGAACCUAGCUUUGAUCCCUCACAUUCGUGAUUGUUUUCGGCUCUGGUACUCGUUUCGAUCGAACGCUUGAUUCGCAGCAAUAGAUCUGCUUUUUGAUUCCUUCGUCUUGGGUGUUUCGCUUUUUUAUCUGGCGUCAUUUAGCCCAUCGGUUUUUCGCGUGGAUCUUUUUGGCUUCUUCUGUCGCGUUUAUAUUUCCUUCUAUUAUCUCUACAUACAGGCUGCCUAUUUAUUAAGCCAUAUUUUUGAGUCAUAAUGUCGACUCCGACCCCUACUACCCCAAAGGGCCCUCGCAACCCUCGCCGUACUCGAAAAAACUCCAAGGCGGGCCCCCCCGCCAACACUACAUUUCGCGACGGAUCCUCCACCCAAAACCAAAACCAAAACCACUCCACUCCUCCACCCGCUCGUUUGAGUCCGCCGAGUCCCAGUCCUGGAGAAGCUUUGAUUAAUACUGUUUCUGAGGGCGCGUCGCAAAAGAAGAAAGGGAAACCAGUGAAGAAGAACAUCACCCAAUCUUCCAACCCUUCACCAAUGACCAACGGCACAACCAUUGGCCACGGUCACUCAGCAUCGCAACCUAACAUAUUAUCUACCCUCAAAGACGGCACCCAUUAUGCUGGCCCAACUUUCCAUGCAUCUCCUGCUCCCUCCGCUCUGCCUAUCCCAACCUUCUUCUCAAAAUCUGUACCGGAUGGGGGAGCAGCCUUGGGGUCACCCGAAGGUGGGUCGCAAGUCAUAGGGCCUCUUGACCACACGCCUACAAAGCCCAAGACCGCCGUUGCUCCUCCACAAAGCACAGAGGAGAUCCCAUCGCCUUUGGAAUUUCUUUUCAAAUCUGCAAAGGGGGCAAAGGUUACGAACAGACCAACCAAAAGCGUGACCAAAUCUAUGAAACCCUCACCAUCGCAGCCAAAUCUCCAGAGCCAGCCAAGGUCGCAAGCACAAGAAGUGACCCCCGGGGCUAUUUUCCCACUUGAGCUGGAAUCGCCGGACAAUCGCAGAAUGGCAAUUGGACCGUCAUUCGCUACUCCCUACAAGGACAGAAUUAAUGCUCUUCGUUCGGCCAGCUCUCCUUCAAAAUCGAACGACGCCGUGCCGCUCGACGAAGACCAGAGGAAAGCCAAAACCGAGGCGUUGAAGGAUUUACUACUAAAUCCACGACCUCAACGCCCGUCAUCUGCGUCGCCUAAGGUGCUUAACGACUCGAACCUCCUCGGUGGCUCGAGAAGUUGGACUGCUGGUAAUGCCAUGCCGUUCGCUCGACACGCCUCCGGUCCGCCAACCCUAGUUCCGUCGGAAGAACCAAAAAUUUCCCCCAAAGGCCGCAGUCCAGGCAGUGGUAGCAUUGCACAUCAAUACCUGUCGUCCGUCUGUAACGGCACUCAAGCGUCUCGAACUCCGUCGUCCAAUCUUCGCCGGGAGCUCUCCUCUACAAGCCCUACCGACCGCCCGCCUUUCUCGACCGAGGGUAACCAAUCGCACCUAAAGCGCUCUCAGACAUACGUGAAUCUCACGUCUCCCACUCCAAACAGGGUCCAUCCACAUGCGAAUCCAGAUGUGCCUUCUCCUCGGUCCGGCUCUACCAGGACUAACCCCAUUGACGCAAAGCAGAUGGAGGCUGACUUGCGCCGCAUUCUGAAGCUCGAUUCCAACCAUUAAUCAAGCUUAUUUUAGGGGGAAAAGGGUUUAAGGUGGGGGCUUAUCCAUGGAGUAUUUUUUUCCGAUAAUGUCAACUCGCAUUUGGCUCGUACCGCUCCCUCUAUUUUCUAUUUUCACUUCCUUACUACGCCGGGCAUUGAUAAUUCAGAUAAUGGUUGAAGCCACCCCCCGUUAGUUUUUCUGUUAGGAGUUCAUUUUUACACUUCUCUUCUCUAUAUCUUUACUGAGUUCGGUUUCUUCUCGUGUUAUCCCGUUAUUCCGGGGUGCUCGGCUUUUUUGGUUUCAUGGCACGGGUGAGAUGAUUCGAUAUGAUUAUAUGACCGGUUAGCUUGGAGCAUAUUUUCAAGGUGUCCCGUUUGGUGUCAGUUCUUUUUCUUUCUUCUUUAUCUAUUUUCGCUUCCAUUAGCACGGCGUCUAGAGGGGCAUAUCAUAUGGAGGAAUGCAUGGAAGGGUUUUUUUUCAUAUAAGGAAAAAACGGGAUGUUGGGAAUUAGCGACACCGCGAGGGUGGAAGGGAGUUGAUGACUGGUUUCAAGGUAUUAUUGGCCAGACAGACUCGUCUGAUCGAACGGCCCCCGCUUCCUCUCGCCUACCUAUACCAUUAUCGUUUAAAGCUUCCUUGCUUGGUUUCUCUCAUCCCCAACACCAUAUUUCCAAGUGCUUGGGAUGGUUUUUCUUAUUUUUUUUUUUUUUUUCCCCUUCCGCCUUUCAUAUUCACGGUUCCAGUGUAUGGCUGCAAAAUACAUACUACUGGGAAUGCCUCUUAUCUUUCACUUGCCUUGAUGGCUUGAUUCACACACAUUUCCUGUGUAUUGUUUUCCUCCUUCCAAUUCUGUUAUUUGUUUUCUUUUGAUUUUGCUUCUCACCCUAGUCAUUCAUUUGUCAUUUCUUAUUUCAGGUAUUGCUCUUGUUUCUUUACUGUUUCUUUGCUUAUUUACUUUUCUGUCCCUUCCCUCAUUUCUUUGUUCAACUAUCAUACUGCCAGACAACCACACUCUUUCAUUCCUUCAUUUCUUUUCUUUCUGCAAUUCUAUCUGGCAUCUGCAAUGCAUGCAUGUCUCCCCAUGCCGUGGUUUUGUUUAUUUUAUAAGUAGCAAAUAGCAUCUUAGCUAGACAAAUGAAUUAAACCUACACUCAUUUUUUACAUACUCUCUGUAUUGAUUUUGUAUCUCAUACUUUGUAUGAUUGAUCUUUUAACACUGA